AUGAGCACUCUAUCAAACGUCGACUCCGUGGCCAACCCCAAGCAGGGCGAGUUCAAGCCCUCUGUUGCUCCGGAAGGCCCAAUCACCACCCAGGGUCACAAGCCAGGUGUCAAGGUUAACGAAGCCGACCACCGCCCCGAAUAUCACAUGGAGGCCUUUCCCAAGGGAACUGCCCCCGCAAGCAACUCUUAUACUCCCAACACCGUCUCUGAGGUCGGCGGCCAAGCAAACAACCCCGAUGUUCAUCGCGCCCAUGGCAAGGAGUCCACUUUCACUUCCGCAGCCGACACCCUUGUGGGCGCAACAUCCGGCCAAGUCGAUCAAGGCUUCGGUAAGCCGCUGCAGGGUCAGACGAACACCGAAGUCCGCCACGACGGCCAACACGGUCGCAAGAAGCAGACUGCUGGUUUAGAGGGAGUCGGUGCCUCGGUGCAGGAUCGUGGUAUUGAGCGCCAAUUCCCCGAGCAGCGUGGUUUGGAGAGAGAAGAGGCUGUCUCGAGCGGCACUCGCGGCAAUAAGGCCGCUCGCGCUGCUGCUGAGGAGCUUGAGCCUGAAUCUGCUGAGACUUUGGAUAAGGAGUGGGCUUAUGACUCUCGCACCAAGCGUGACAAGGGUCAGCAGAACAAGCACUAA